CGCGCGCGCGUGCGCAGUGGUGGGUCUGGCGCGUGCGCAGCGGCUCCACUGGGCUCCAGCUUCUGCUACUCACGCUCCUCCUCCCGCUCCCCACCCCUCAGCCCGCCGCGGCCCGGUACCAACGUGGUCCCGCCAAGGGAGCCGUCGUGCCUCGUGCUCCCAGGACGGCGGUGGUCUGCGCUCGCGGCUCUUGGCGCUAGGCAUGGCGAUGGAUCAAGUGAACGCGCUGUGCGAGCAGCUGGUGAAAGCGGUGACGGUCAUGAUGGACCCCAGCUCCACCCAGCGCUACCGGCUGGAAGCCCUCAAGUUUUGUGAAGAGUUUAAAGAAAAGUGCCCUGUCUGUGUCCCUUGUGGCUUGAAAUUGGCUGAAAAAACACAAAUUGCCAUCGUCAGACAUUUCGGCCUUCAGAUCCUGGAACACGUUGUCAAGUUUCGAUGGAACAGCAUGUCUCGAUUGGAGAAGGUCUUUCUGAAGAAUAGUGUCAUGGAGCUGACUGGAAAUGGAACAUUAAACAUUUUGGAAGAGGAAAACCAUAUUAAAGAUGUUCUGUCUCGAAUUGUAGUAGAAAUGAUAAAGCGUGAGUGGCCACAGCAUUGGCCUGACAUGUUAAUGGAAUUGGACACUCUUUCCAAACAAGGGGAAACACAGACAGAAUUAGUGAUGUUCAUCCUUUUGCGACUGGCAGAAGAUGUAGUGACCUUUCAGACUCUUCCCCCUCAAAGAAGAAGAGAUAUCCAGCAAACAUUAACCCAGAACAUGGAAAAGAUCUUCACUUUUCUACUUAACACACUUCAAGAAAAUGUAAACAAGUACCAGCAAGUGAAGACAGAUACUUCUCAGGAGUCAAAGGCUCAAGCACACUGUCGAGUAGGAGUUGCAGCAUUGAAUACUCUCGCAGGCUAUAUUGACUGGGUGUCUAUGAGUCACAUUACUGCUGAAAACUGUAAACUCUUGGAGAUGCUGUGCCUGCUUUUGAAUGAACAGGAGCUUCAGUUGGGAGCAGCUGAGUGUCUUCUCAUUGCAGUCAGCAGAAAAGGCAAGUUGGAAGACCGGAAGCCCUUGAUGAUCUUAUUUGGAGAUGUUGCCAUGCAUUACAUACUCUCUGCUGCACAGAUUGCGGAUGGAGGAGGCUUGGUAGAAAAACACUAUGUCUUUUUGAAGAGACUCUGUCAGGUGUUGUCUGCAUUGGGCAAUCAGCUGUGCGCAUUGCUGGGUGUAGAUUCUGAUGUAGAAACCCCAGCGAACUUUGGGAAAUACCUGGAAUCUUUUCUUGCUUUUACAACCCACCCAAGUCAGUUCCUACGCUCUUCAACUCAGAUGACUUGGGGAUCCCUCUUCCGUCAUGAGAUCUUAAACCGUGAUCCUUUGCUGUUAGCAAUGAUACCAAAAUAUCUUCGUGCUUCUAUGACGAACUUGGUCAAGAUGGGCUUUCCUUCUAAAACAGACAGCCCUAGCUGUGAAUAUUCUCGAUUUGAUUUUGAUAGUGAUGAAGACUUCAAUGCUUUCUUCAACUCCUCCCGGGCUCAACAAGGAGAGGUGAUGAGGUUGGCAUGUCGUUUGGAUCCCAAGACUAGCUUCCAGAUGGCUGGGGAAUGGCUAAAGUAUCAGUUUUCAUCUUCUAUUGAUGCUGGAUCCAUGAAUUCAUGUUCUCCUGCUCCUGGAACUGGAGAAGGAAGCCUCUGCUCCAUCUUCUCCCCGUCAUUUGUGCAGUGGGAAGCCAUGACUUUUUUCUUGGAAAGUGUGAUCAACCAGAUGUUUCGAACACUAGAUAAAGAGGCUAUUCCUGUUAAUGAUGGAAUAGAAUUGUUGCAGAUGGUCCUAAACUUUGACACCAAGGAUCCCCUCAUUCUGUCUUGUGUCCUCACUAAUGUCUCAGCACUCUUUCCAUUUGUCAACUAUAGACAAGAGUUUCUGCCACAGGUCUUCUCUAAGCUGUUUUCAUCUGUGACUUUUGAAACUGUUGAAGAAAGUAAGGCCCCCAGAACCCGGGCAGUAAGGAAUGUGAGGAGACAUGCCUGUUCCUCAAUCAUCAAGAUGUGUCGUGACUACCCCCAACUCGUGCUGCCUAAUUUUGACAUGUUUUAUAACCAUGUGAAGCAACUUCUUUCCAAUGAGCUACUUCUUACACAAAUGGAGAAGUGUGCCCUCAUGGAAGCCCUGGUUCUCAUUAGCAACCAAUUCAAGAACUAUGAGCGUCAGAAGGUGUUCCUAGAGGAGCUGAUGGCACCAGUGGCCAGCAUUUGGCUUUCUGAAGACACACACAGAGUGCUGUCAGAUGUUGAUGCUUUUAUUGCCUAUGUGGGUGCAGAUCGGAAGAGCUGUGAUCCAGGCCUGGAAGAUCCCUGUGGCUUAAACCGUGCACGAAUGAGCUUCUGUGUGUAUAGCAUUCUGGGUGUUGUGAAACGAACUUGCUGGCCCACUGACCUAGAAGAAGCCAAAGCUGGGGGAUUUGUGGUGGGUUAUACACCCAGUGGAAAUCCAAUCUUUCGUAACCCCUGCACAGAGCAGGUUCUCAAACUUCUUGACAAUUUGCUUGCCCUUAUAAGAACCCACAAUACUUUAUAUGCACCAGAAAUGCUAACCAAAAUGGCACAGCCUUUCACUAAGGCUCUAGAUAUGCUUGAAGUGGAAAAAUCUGCUAUAUUAGGAUUACCUCAGCCUCUCCUGGAACUCAAUGAUGCGCCUGUCUACAAAACAGUCUUGGAAAGAAUGCAGCAUUUCUUCUCCACCCUCUAUGAAAACUGUUUUCAUAUCCUAGGGAAGGCAGGCCCUUCCAUGCAGCAAGACUUCUACACCGUGGAGGACCUUGCUACCCAGCUGCUCAGCUCAGCCUUUAUCAACUUGAAUAAUAUUCCUGACUACCGACUCAGACCCAUGCUUCGAGUCUUUGUGAAGCCUCUGGUGCUCUUCUGUCCCCCAGAGCACCAUGAAACCCUGCUAUCUCCCAUCCUUGGACCUCUUUUCACCUACCUCCAUGUGAGGCUUUCGCAGAAAUGGCAAGGCGUCAACCAGACAAGUCUGCCGUGUGGAGAAGAUGAGACUACAGAUGAAAAUCCUGAGUCUCAAGAGAUGCUGGAGGAACAGCUGGUGAGGAUGUUAACCCGAGAAGUCAUGGACCUGAUGACGGUUUGCUGUAUUUCAAAGAAAGGUGCCGACCACAGUACUGCUCCCCCUGCAGAUGGAGAUGAUGAAGAGAUGAUGGCCACAGAGGCAACCCCCUCAGCCACGCCAGAGCUUACAGAUCUGGGCAAAUGUCUGAUGAAGCAGGAGGAUGUUUGUACAGCACUAUUAAUUACAGCGUUCAAUUCCCUGGGCUGGAAGGAUACUCUGUCCUGUCAGAGGACAACCACACAGCUCUGCUGGCCUCUCCUCAAACAAGUGCUGUCAGGGAAACUGCUCGCAGAUGCUGUUACGUGGCUUUUCACCAGUGUGCUGAAAGGCCUACAGACACACGGGCAGCAUGACGGGUGCAUGGCUGCCCUGGUCCACCUGGCCUUUCAGAUAUAUGAGGCACUGCGCCCUAAGUACCUGGAAAUAAGAGCUGUUAUGGAGCAAAUUCCUGAAAUACAGAAAGACUCUCUGGACCAGUUUGACAGCAAGCUUUUGAACCCCUCCCUGCAGAAAGUGGCUGACAAGCGCCGGAAGGACCAAUUCAAACGCCUCAUUGCUGGUUGCAUUGGGAAACCCUUGGGAGAGCAGUUUCGAAAAGAAGUUCACAUUAAGAAUCUUCCUUCACUUUUCAAGAAAACAAAGCCAAUGCUGGAGACAGAGGUGCUGGACAACGAGGGGGCUGGCCUGACCACCAUCUUUGAACCAUGAAUCAAGCUUUUGGGCAUCCUUCCUCAGCCUUUAUUGUCAUCUCUUCUUCCCCUUCGUAGCUAAUCUCUAGGCCCUACUCACACUGCCACCUCACUUUCCACCAUUAUCAGCCUGGAGAAAUCCAGGUCUGGAGCUGGAGAGAGUGGGCCCUGUGCAGGACCAAAAGUAAUUAUAUUGCAUUUCAAGAGAAGGAGUUAGGGUUUACACCAGUGGUUCUCAACCUGUGGGUUGCGACCCCUUUGUAACAAUGAAAAUACACCUUGCAUAUCAGAUACUACAUUACGAUUCGUAACAGUAGCAAAAUUACAGUUAUGAAGUAGCAACGAAAAUAAUUUUAUGGUUGAGAGUCACCACAACAUGAGGAACUUUAUUAAAGGGUCGCAGCAUUAGGAAGGUUGAGAACCACUUCGGAGUUUUAGCUUUCCCACGAAAAGCUAGAGCAGAGCUCCCCAAGCCUUCCCAACUCCAUGCAGCCAAACACCUGUGACAGAAUGGUACCCAGGGGUGCUAUACCCAACACUAUAAUAGCCAGGUUUGCGGCAAGGUCUCAGCCCUCAAUUAUUUGUGCCAGACUUAACACUGCAAGUCUCCCUUGCUGCCGAGCUGGCAAGGAACCGUCCCCACUCCUCAGGGGCAUGUCUGGGUUGUGUGCUAAGUGCUGAAGUGAAUUUGACCAAUUCCCUCAACUUGUUUUAGGCAAGAAUCUGAUCACCUGAUGGGAUCCAUGGUAUAGGCUACACUGCUAAACUCUGGGCACAGUUUAUCAAGUAUAGUACCUCCAGGGACGAGGGCUGGGCAGUCUUUAGUGAUGAUGUCCCCUUAGAGCUCUCUUGCCUUUCCAUGAAUGACCUUUCAAUCUGCUUUCCCCCACCUCAGGGCCCACUCAGGCACAAGAGCCACAGUACCAUUAUGUCACAUGACACCAAUCCAAGGAUAAUCUAGGCUAGCUAGGCUACAUCUGUGACAAGUAGCUAGCAAAGCCACUGAUCUAUUCCUAGGACUACCUGAGUCCAGGUGCCUUCUAAGAUCUCAUGGUCCCUGGUUACUUUUCUCAAGGGCCAUUUCUAAAAGAAAAAAAUAUGCCUUCCCAUUACAACCUGUACUGUGAGUCUAUCCUAGAGGUCACUGGAAGGCCCUGAAAGCAUAAGACAUGGAUAUGGCACCUAUCCUGAGAUUAUUACUGGUAGCCAUAAAACAGGAUUAGUCCAUAUAGAAACCAUACAGUAUAUGUCUACAUACUCUGUACAGACAUGCUCGUUGUCCCUCUGAUCCACUGAUAAGAGGGUUUCGAUGAGAGCCAGAAUGGACCGAAGCUACAUUUACCUGGUGCAGGCCACAGGCAGGGUAAGGCUAGAAAGCAGCAAAGCUGGGGAAGCAGAACUUUUACAGACUUGUCCCUAUUCCCUCUUCCUGUGCGGUGCUUUGGGUUUCUGUAGAUUAUGAAAGUGACCUCAAGAGAGUUUCCCUCCAAACCUGAUAGCUGCCUACUCCUGUUUGGGGUGGUGGAGGGUGUAGUUAUAUUUAUUGUGUUGUAAUAUUUUUAACAUCCUGUGACUUCAUGCUAGAAAUUUUCUAUUGUUUAUAGAACCUUUUUGUAGAAACAUUAACUCUGAAGCACAUCUGCAUGUCAGUAAAAAUCUCAAUUUCAUACA